AUGGAGGCCUUUGUAAGUAAUGGUGACAACUUUGAAGUGGAUUCGCUGGGGGAUUGGGAGCCAGUGGAGGUUAUGGAGGACAGGAGUGAUGUGGUCAUGGACGGUGCAGGGUGUGUGGGGGAGCAGACCCACCUAAGCGUCCCCGUGUCCGAUCAGGGUGCCUGGGCCACCGCCAUGACCAACCUGGGCAUCGUCCCCGUGGGACUCAACGGCCAGCAGCUGGUCUCAGACUCUCUGUGUAUCCAGAGGUUCGACCCCGGUCUGGGUCUCAUCGCUCCCAUUAACCCUCUGAUGGCGGGCAUCAGCCUGGUCCCGCCCCCGCCCGUUCCCCCCGACAUGCCACUCGUCAAAGAGAUCAUCCACAGCAAGAGCUGCACGCUGUUCCCCCAGAACCCCAACCUCCCUCCCCCAUCGACCCGGGAGCGCCCCCCCGGCUGUAAGACGGUGUUUGUCGGUGGUCUGCCGGAGAACGCCACGGAGGAGCUCAUCAGGGAGGUGUUUGAGCAGAGCGGGGAGAUCAUCGCCAUCCGCAAGAGCAAGAAGAACUUCUGCCACAUCCGCUUCAGCGAGGAGUUCAUGGUGGACAAGGCCAUCUACCUGUCAGGGUACCGGAUGCGGAUCGGGUCCAGCACCGAUAAGAAGGACUCGGGGAGGAUCCACGUGGACUUCGCUCAGGCCCGGGACGACCUGUACGAGUGGGAGUGUCAGCAGCGGCUGCUGGCCCGUGAGGAGCGCCACCGCCGCAAGAUCCACCAGGACCAGCUCAGACCGCCGUCCCCUCCUCCCAUCAUGCACUUCUCUGAGCACGAGGCGGCCAUGCUGGCAGAGAAACUCAAAGACGACCAGAAGUUCAGCGAGGCCACAGCCGUGCUCUUCACGUGGAUCGAGCGUGGCGAGGUGAACCGCCGCACCGCCAACCACUUCUACUCCAUGAUCCAAUCAGCUAACAGCCACGUCAGACGCCUGAUGAGCGAGAAGGCGACGCACGACGACGAGAUGGAGCGAGCCAAGGAGCUGUUCAAGAACGCCCUGAUGGCCAUCCUCACUCAGUUCGAGCAGAUCACCGCCGUUUUCACCGCCGCCACCAGGCAAAAGGCAUGGGACCAUUUCUCAAAAGCUCAGCGCAAGAACAUAGACAUUUGGCGCAAGCAGUGUGAGGAGCUGAGGAACGCUCACAGUGAGGAGAUCAUGGGCAUCAGGAGGGAGGAGGAGAUGGAGAUGUCUGACGACGACGACGAGGAGAAUCAAUGCAAGAGACUGAGGACGGACAACGGAGCGUUCGGCGAGCAGACGCAGGCGUCUCUGCGGGAGGAGAACGACUCUCUGCGCUGGCAGCUGGACGCCUACAGGAACGAGGCGGAGCUGCUGAGGAAGGAGAGCCGAGCGGGUCGGCCGGACGACGAGCACGCACACACACACGCACACAUCCAGAGCACGGAGGCUCAGGUGCAGCUGCUGCAGCACAACAUGCACAACAUGCAGCAGCAAUUGCUGAGUCUGCAGGAGCAGCUGACGAGUAAGGAGGCGGAGCUGCAGCAGGCGAGAGACGAGCAGUGUUUCCUGGAGGGCGAGCUGCUCAACCUGAGGGACAAGCUGCUGCUCAGUAACGGCGAGGCUGUGGAGGGGAGCGACGCAGAGCCGCUCCAAACGCCGGUGAACGGGUGUGUUCCUGCGCUGUUCCUCGGCAGAGAGAGGAGGAGUGAGGUCCUCCUGAGAGGGGGCGUGGCCUCAGAGAAGGAGGCGCUGCUGCUCGGCAUCAUUUCCACCUUCCUGCACGUCCAUCCGUUCGGCGCCAACCUGGAAUAUCUGUGGUCGUACAUCCAGAGACUGGACUCAAAGGUGUCUGCGGGGCAGCUGGAGCGGCUGAUGCUGCGCCUCCCUUUGAUGUUCCGUCAGGAGCUGAGUGGCGUCGGAGCGACUCUGGAGAAACGCUGGAAGUUCUGCGGCUUCGACAGCCUCGGCUCGGCGUGACACAGGGAGAACGCACACACACACUGACCUGGACAGAGACACUGACUCCACCUGUGUGUGUGUGUGUGUGUGUGUGUGAUGUUGGACACACGGCGGCGGUGUCGGGCCACACCAGCUGAAGUCAAACCAAAGCUGAAAAACUGUCGUGCCAAACAGCAGAAUGAGAGCGUUCGCUGCCUGUUUUGUCCAGAUUUUAUCAGUUUAGCGUCCCGCGGCGUGACGAGGCUGCAGGCUGUUUGGAGAUGAAGCAGACGAACCUCGAAGCAAACUGCAGGAGUUUACACAGCAACUGUUUAAUCUGUCAUCAGAGAGUUGCAGUGAUCCGUGUGUGAUCUCGUGAUAUUAAACAAACUAACAGUGAUAUGUACAAAGUCAAUGCAAAGACGAGCGUGACGUGGAGUUAUUGUGUGAACUUGAAGCCUGAGAAUCUCCUGCACAGCAUCGCUCUGCUGCACCAGACUCCAUGGAGAAAACCAUCGUUUUAACAGCAGUGUUCUUGUGUUCUUCAGACCUGAAAAAGCAUCAAUUCAGCUUCAUGUUGGAGUUAUUUCAGCAUCCUUUAGAUCCGUUUAUUCACAUUAAAUCACAGAGAAAUGUCUUUAUUCUGCUUCAUAUUCAUGUAUUAGUGCUGAACCAGCAGUCAUCCAGACACAGUUCUUGGAGAAAGAUCAGAUUAAUAAUGGAGAUGGGGAUGUGGUUAUUUCAGUGUUUUUGGCAUCUACACUGGCUCGUAUUGCACAAAUAAACACAACAAUUCUGUGGUCAAACUGCAAAAAUCCACUGCAAAGCCAAAACUAAUGAAAAAACCCUGCAAUUCAGAAGUCAGUGAGUCAUGUGGAGUCAUGUGGAAAAAAAUGGAAUUAAUUACGACAAAAAACACAAACUGUUCCAUCAAGAAACAUUCAGAAACUUUAGGAAAAUGUGUGUGAAGUGUUCCUGCAGAUGAAAUCCAUUCAUGUCUUUGUGCUGUUGUUAGAUUCACAGAUUAUUAUAAAACAUUAUGAAAGACAUAUUGACAGAUUUGCAGUUGCUAUGUAAUCAAAACAUGAAGUCAUGUUAAUUUCUUAGGAAUGUUUGAAUGAACAUAACGAGGGGAAACAUCUGCAGCAUUUAGAAUCAUCAGUGACGUUUUUUUUUCUUGGAUAUAAAUGUGUAAAAGGAGAAUAUUAUUCUAUGAAAACUGUAUAAAAGAGUUGGAAAUAUGAGAGAAUAACUGUGUUUAAAGGAUGAUGUGAGAAGAGUAAAUUAAAUCAUUACGCUUAAUUUAUUUCAUAAUACUGUAAGAAGAAGCUGAAGUUACAUAAUGUGUUUAAAUAUGAUGAAUUAUGGUCCUGACUGUCUCCUGCUUCUGUUCAAAUAAUCGUCUUAAGUUAAAGAGUUAGAAGGUUUUAAUUUCCAAAGACCUCAAAGCUGUCGCAUCACUAAUGAUAUGAUGUGAUUUUGUACUGCACUUCCAUAAACUUUGUUUUCUUAUUUAAAUAAAGUUGUUGUCAUCAGAGAGAUGCAGUAACCAGUUACACUU